AUGCAUUUCUCCACAUUUGCAGCUUGUGGCCUUGCGGCUAUUAGUUCAUUAUCUUCGACAGUUUUAGCUGCUAGUCUUACCAGAGUGACAGACUUUGGCACCAAUCCUGGGAAUGCCCAAAUGUAUAUAUAUGUCCCAGAUAAGCUACCUGCAAACCCAGCUAUUAUUGUCUCGAUGCACUAUUGCGGAGGUACAGCAACUACCUACUUCAACAUGAACAAGCUCCCUGCCCUAGCCGACACCCACGGAUAUAUCAUGAUCGUCCCCAGCGCAACCCACGACAACAACUGCUGGGAUGCAGCUACAAACGCAACGUUAACGCAUAACGGGGGUUCCGACUCCCUUUCAAUCGUCAAUAUGGUGAAGUACACGAUUAGUAAAUACAACGCCGACCCCACGAGGGUUUUCGCAACCGGCUCGUCCUCAGGCGCUAUCAUGACAAACGUCCUCUGCGGUGCAUAUCCCGAUGUCUUCGCGGCUGGCUCCGGGUUUUCUGGCAUGGCAUACGGAUGUCUAGCUGGAUCCCCUGGCUCUAGUCCUCAGAGUGCUGAUCCCGCCUGCGCCAAUGGACAGCACAUAUAUACGCCGGAGAAAUGGGCAUCAAUGGUCAGAGCUGGGUAUCCUGGCUACAAUGGCACCUAUCCACGUAUGCAGCUCUGGCACGGGACUGCUGAUAACAUCAUCAAAUAUCAAUCUCUGAUUGAGCAGGUUAAGGAAUGGUCUGCGGUUUUGGGCGUCGAGUUCACGAAGAAUGUCACUAAUACACCCAAGCCUGGGUACACGAGGAUGAUUUUUGGUGAUGGGUCGAAGAUGGAGGCGUACUCGGCGCAAGGGGUUGGCCAUUUUGUACCGACAGAUGAACCAUCUGUGCUUAGUUGGUUUGGGAUUACGUCCUGA